GGUCAAGUAUUAUGGGAUGCCGUCAUACAACAUUUAUCAUUGCUGGAGGCGGACUAUUUCGAUCUUCAGUUUUCAGACGAACUGGGACAGUUGUGUUGGCUAGAUCGUGAUAAACAAGUAACCAAACAACUACCCAGUCCUGAUUCCCCUUUAACAUUCUGUGUCAAAUUUUACACGCCAGAUCCAGGGCUGCUGGAAGAUGAAUUAACGAGAUAUUUAUUUGCAUUACAAAUAAAACGAGAUUUAGCGACUGGUAUAAUGCCGUGUAGUGAGAAUACAGUGGCUCUACUAGCAUCUUAUAUAGUACAAGCUGAAAUAGGUGAUUUUUUAAUAGAUGAAUAUACUGAUUGUUCAUAUUUAACGGAUUUUAAUUUUAUCCCUCACCAAACACAUUCAUUAUUACAAAAAAUCAUGGAGUACCAUAAACAACACAUAGGAGAAACACCGAGUGAGGCUGAUUCUAAUUUAUUAGAUACAGCACGGAAAGUUGAGAUGUAUGGAAUCAGGCUUCAUCCUGCCAAGGACCAUGAAGGCGUAUCUUUAAGUUUAGCUGUUGCCCAUAUGGGUGUUCUCGUCUUCCAAACUUCCACCAAAAUAAACACCUUUUCAUGGGCAAAAAUACGUAAACUAAGUUUUAAAAGAAAGAAAUUUCUAAUAAAACUGCAUCCAGAUAGUUACGGAUUUUAUAAAGAUACAGUAGAAUUUUUCCUGGACACGAGAAAUGAUUGUAAAGCAUUCUGGAAGAAAUGUAUCGAACAUCACGCCUUUUUCCGAUGCCAGGUUGUGCGGAAAGUUGCACGAAAUAAAACUAGAGUUGUCAGUCGAGGUUCAUCAUUUAGAUAUUCUGGUCGAACUCAGAAACAACUACAGGAGUUUGUCCGAGAAAAUAUCGUGAAACGACCAGAUUUUGAAAGACCGUACAUCCAGGACAGAUCUGAAAAAGAUGCCUGGUAUUCAGUCAAACCAGACCCUAAACAAUCCAAAGUAUUCAUGAAGGAAAUCCCAAGUCCGAAAUCCAGCAACACAAAGGGCAAGAAUAUUUUUGAUCUCCCGUCACCGGCUGCAGCCUUUGUAUACAGUGAUGAUGAUAGCCCACCAUCGAAAGAUGAACCUUCACCCACGGAGCCGACUUUCUCAACCUUCCGCCCAGAUCCUUCCUCUGAUUAUUCGCCAGAAGAACGACCCCCAACAGCCCCAGUUCCGAUUCAAUAUCAUCCCAGCCCCUCCCCACCACCCCCUCCCCCACCUCCAAUAUUUGAGGAGGAUUACCUCCCCUCCCCUCCCAGUCCCCUGAAAGAUAAUAAUAUAUCUAUAUUAAGUAAAACGGCGGGGGUAUAUUCACCCAAUAUUUCAACCCUAUCUUCAUCUCGUGUUGAGGAGGGGGAUGAGGAUACCAAGAAAAAGUCCAAGCGUUACCCUGGUGAUGAUUCGUACUAUAUGGCUAAAGAAUUAUUAAUGACAGAACGAACAUAUAAAAAAGAUUUAGAAGUUGUUUCAGUGUGGUUUCGUAAUGCAAUCAGUAGUGAUGAUGAAAUUUUAAAUUCUCUAACAGAGAGUUUAUUUUCUUACCUCGACCCUAUCUACGAGUUUCAUGUCGGCUUUUUAAAAGAUGUGGAGCUACGAAUGCAGCAAUGGGAAGGAAAAGCUGUUGUCCAAAAAGGAGAAACUUGUCAUAGAAUUGGAGAUUUACUACUUAAAGCUAUAAAUUCAUUUGAACAGUUAUAUCAGAAUUAUUUGAAUCGUGAACAAGAAAUGUUGUUAGAAAUCGACUCAAAGAUUCACAAUAAUAAACGUUUUGAAGAUAUGUAUAAGGAUUUCGAAUCACAGAAAGUUUGUUAUCUCCCUUUAAAUACAUUCUUUUUAAAACCAGGUCAACGUCUGUUACAUUAUAAACUUAUUUUAGAACGUUUAAUAAAGUUCUAUCCUCCACCAACUUCUGAUCUUACUGACUGUAGAGAAGCUCUAGCAAAAUUAUUAGAAUUAACAAACGCUUUUAAUGAUAAAAUGAAGCGACUGGAAAAUGUCCAGAAGUUGAUGGAAUUACAGAGAGAUCUAGUUGGAAUAGAAAGUUUAGUUGAUUUAGAUCGAUCAUUUUUACGAGAAGGCUGUUUACAGAAAUAUUCUAGAAAAGGAUAUCAACAGCGAAUGUUUUUCUUGUUUUCCGACAUGUUAGUUUAUACAAGUAGAACAGCCACGUCUUUAUUACAGUUCAAAGUUCAUGGUCAACUUUCUUUAAAAGGAAUGCUGAUUGAAGAAAAUGAACAAGGUAAAAUGGCAGUCCAGAAUAGUUUUGCAAUUUAUGCUGGUAAUAAAUAUAUUUUAGUUGCGGCCAGUUCCCAAGAAGAGAAAGAUAAAUGGAUAGAAGAUAUUAACGAAGCAAUAUUACAAUUUAAAAAUAUACCAGAUGACAAAAUAAAUUAUCCUAGUCUAAAAUCAUCAGCUAGUUCAACUGAGAACGUAGAUGGUGACCAAUCAAAUGAAAAGUUACAAGUUCCCGAAAAACAAAUCCAACAUCGAGCCAAUACCACAAUGCACGUGUGUUGGCAUAGAAACACUAGUGUCAGUAUGAGAGAUCAUUCUAAAGCUACUCGGAACCAAUUAAGUGGUUAUUUAUUACGAAAGUUUAAAAAUUCCAAUGGCUGGCAGAAACUCUGGGUUGUCUUUACUAAUUUCUGUUUAUUUUUUUAUAAAUCUUUUCAAGAUGAUUUUCCAUUAGCUAGUUUACCGUUGCUAGGUUACGCUGUGAGUACCCCAGAGGAGGAAGAUGGGAUAUCUAAAGAUCACGUGUUUAAAUUACAGUUUAAAAAUCAUAUUUAUUUUUUCCGAGCAGAAAGCGAAUAUACUUUUACAAGGUAA